AUGCCGAACACAGACCAUCAUCCCAGUAGUCAGUCUGAAUGUACCACUUCUGCCUCUUAUGUCCAACACUCUGAAUUCAAUGCCAAAACUCCCUCUGGAUCUUCUAACAUACCAAAACAAAGCGGCUUUAUGAAGGUCUGUUCCUUUGGAGAGCCCAGCCCAUGGCCAAUCCCUGGACUGGGAUCUGGGAUUCUGGAAAUGCGUGUGAAGGAGGGGAGCAAGAUCAGGAAUCUUUUGGGCUUUGCCAUGUCUUGUUUGCAAGGGGACGGACACCAGGCUGUGACAUCACAGGUUCUGUUUAGUGGGAUGGGACGGGCUGUCACCAAAACCAUCACCUGUGCGGAAAUAAUGAAACAUAAAGUGCAGGGCUUACACCAGGUAUCGAAGGUCCAAUAUAGGACAGUGAAUGAGGUGUGGGAGAGCCAGGAGGGUUGCCCGGUUCAGAUGACGAUACACAGAACUGUUCCGUCCAUCUGUAUUCUUCUGUCCAAAGAACCUCUGGACCCUCAGGAACUGGGCUACCAGCCUCCAGCAAAGAUAGGAUCUCUUUCAGAGAAAAGGAAAGGAGAUGAUGGACCACAGGGCUCUGGAAACCAAGAAAAAAGACCACUGAGUCCUGGCCCCUGUGUGGUUCUGCCUGGUCUAAAAAUAACAAUGUGAUUCACCAGCAUAAUGCUGACAGAUGAGGUAGCAUAAUUAAAAUUACACAGUUAUGAUUGUUAUACUACAAACUUUGAGACUGUAUAAUAUAUUUGACUCUCCAGUGCUGGAACAGGGCUAAAACAAAGUGUGGAUAUAGGUCUGACUAUGCGAGACUGUAGUUUAAAGUAAUCACUUUUCUUUGCUUGUUACAUUGACUGCAUUUAUACA